CCUCAGCAUCCCACCAGCAGCGAUGUCCGCCGAAUCUAUAAUACGCUGGAACUCAAUUCCUCUCACUCUCCCGGAGGGUGAAGUAGAUGAUAAUUCCCAGCAUGCCUUGAAGCGAUCAAGGCCUGAUGAUGACGCCAAGAUGAAUGAUAACGAAGACGACGACAACAUGUCUUUGGUCUCUCGAUCUCCUUCACCCGACCCUCGUCAGGUUGACCCGAUGAACAUCGACAAGUACGACGAGUUUGUCAAGAGACCUCUGCGAGAGACCAUCACAGUUGAAACGAAAAUCAAGAGCACCAACAAGGGCUUUCUAAUGCUUGCGGGUAUGGGCUGGGUCGAAGGACAACCUUUGGGCUUGUCCGGCGACGGCCGUGUGGAUCCAGUUCCAUUCUAUGUAAAGAAUGAUCUGACGGGCCUCGGUAAAACGAGUCAAGAUGUAGAAAUGAUCGAGUCGACUGUGGCUCAGCGUCGCGAGCUUGACUCCGAGCGUCAAAUCAAAGAAACGGAAGAGCAGCGCAAGGCGAGGGAAGACACAGUGGCAAGACGUGUGGCCUUGCAGUCCGAGAUAUCGUCCACUCUUCGCGCCUUCUACUGCGAGCUCUGUGACAAGCAAUUCCGGAACGUCGCGCAAUACGACGAGCACACGAAUUCAUAUGCACACCAUCACAAGGCUCGUUUCCGAGAUAUGCAAGCUGCGCAGCGGGCCAGUCGGAAUACCAAGGAAGAGGUGGACAAGCGGAAGGAAAAAGAGAGAAAGAGGGAGGAGAAAGAACUGCGGAAGAUUGCGAAAGCGGCAGGCGUCAAGAUGUCGAAGCCUGCGACACCUGCCGUGGUGACGUCCUCCAUUGCAGCUCCGAUAGGCGGUGAGGAUGAGGCUAAGCCAAGUGGCUUCAAGAGGCCUGGGUGGGCAUCGAUACCUCCUACAGCUUCAUCGACAGCUGUGGCAGACAUCGCUGCGCCAGCACCAUCAGCCAUCCCAAAAAGUUCCGGUUGGGCCACGGUAUGCAGUAUGGCAACAAGUUCCACGCCUGCCCCGCCUUCUACCGAAAGUACGAGCAGGCCUGCAGGAUCUCAACCAUCGUCUGGCCCUGCGCCAGCUUUCAGAACGGGGGGUUGGACAUCUCUUGAUACGGGAAGUACCCAGCCGCUGCCACCUGCAUCCUCUCGACCGCCUGAGCCUCCCGCGUGCGUCCCGCCUCUGCCUCUGACAUCAGGGCAGCUGUCGUCUACGCCUCCAGCAAAUCCGCCACUAAGCUUAGGCGGUCAGUCAGUGGCAUCUGCGCCUUCUCAGGGCGGAUGGGCACGAGUCUCAGCACCUCAGAUUCUUCCUGCGGCCGCGUCGACACCCUCUACUGCAGUCGCACAGCCAGCAGUGCCUCCACGUCCCCGUCAGGAGGCUGCGCGAUCAGGUUGGCAGCAGUUCAAGGCAUCAGGGCCUGGCCGACGUAGAUAAGUCCCGUCUUUUAUCUGGUCAGACAGAUUCUUGUUCGUACACACAAUGAAUUAGCACACCCGCGUACCGCUCUAUGAGGCACAAGAUAAGACAUCGAAAUAGUAUACUAAGUAGCUACAUUUGCUGGGAAGUUCUGUAAUUUUGUACGUACGUGCUAUCGAAGAAGCGUAUAUGGACCGACA